AUGGCCACAAAACGUGUCCCUCGAGGCAACCACACACCAGAAGAUGAACCCAGCAUCAUCUCGUCAUUUCUUCAGAUACAAAAAUGCAGAAUCCCGCAGCAAAAGAUGAUAUGGAUCGUCGAGAACCUCGAAUGUCUCGGCCGACGACAAUCCAAGAAGAGAAAGCUUACUCGAGAUGAGAAUGAAGAGUCCGAGACACCUUAUUGGUUCAGAAAGACUGUCAACGGAUUCAUAGACAGUGAUUUUGUCGCACUUUCAUACACCUGGGACGCUUCCGAGCAUGAGACACAGAAUGCCAGGAAGUACGGUCACAAAAUCGAGACAAGGGAUGGGCAAGAAGCUUGGCGCUCCUCAGUACGAAAUUCGGUGCUUGAACGGAUCACCAAGUACAUGCAGUGCCAUGACGUGCCGCUUCUGUGGAUUGAUCGGCAUAGUAUCCCGCAAAAGAAAUGCAAGCAGUCAGCAUGCACACAUACUGAGUGCCGACAAAAGAGACACGCUCUCGAUGCAAUGGACCGUGUUUAUUCGCUGAGUGAUCACCCUGUUGCGUUACUCGGUCGCCCGAUCCAAGAUGAGGAUGAGAUGAGGACACUCUCUUCUAUACUCAAGGGUGCCCUUGUCAAGUACCACGAGGGCGGAUUUGCGCUAUCUAAGGGCGCAGAGUAUGUUAAAGCUCGUAAGAUGCUAUGCCUGAUAUACGAAAUCACUCGCGACAAAUGGUGGACGAGAGCGUGGACGUUCCAGGAGAACUACAGAGCUGGUCUCAAGAUGACACUUCUCAUCCAUCACAGCGCCGAUUUCGAAGACACAAAACGGUCCAUACUGAGCGGCAAGAAACCGAUGUUCGGUGUAGUACCUGGCGAGUUGAGUGUCCAGUCUGCUAGAUUCUCAGAAAGCGCUACUAAAUUUUGUCUUGGUUUUCGCCGACAUCACUUUGUGACGAGCCAGGAUGACGAAAUGAUUGAUCACAUACUGGCUACGGCUGGCAAGUACACCAUAUUGCUGUCACCUUCAAGCUCCAUGUCUGGAACGAUUGUUUCAGAUGUUCGAAAACGAGGCGUCACUGAGCCAUGGGAUUGUCUGGCCAUCAUCGCCAACUGCUGCCAAUACGCGACACGUCUCAACAGUACGCGACUUCAAGACAGCGGUGUGAACUUAGACCUCGCGAUACUGGCCCUUCGUCUCGUAAAUGGCGAGAUACUCAAGAAUGAUGAGCCACCUGUGUCACAACAUGAGCCAAUGGUUGAGCAGAUCAAUGGCCUUUUCUUUGACGACUUUAGGGCUCCCGAGGGUGCUAAAAGGUUGACUUUCAACAAGAGCUGUCGCUUCGUUGAUGUCGCCUUCACCAAAACUGGGAUAGUCACAAGAGGCCAUCUCUGGAAGCUAGACGAUACUCUUCGAGCGCCGCGGUCAUCGCCACGCUUAUCACAGGCAGUUCAGAAAGGUGAACAGCAAUUAUCGGAUUACGAGCGCACCCGGCUGAGACAGCUAGUCGAGCUUGUGAAGGCAAAAAAACGACGCAAAGACGCGGAGAUAGUGGAUGACAUGAAGGACUUCCUUGAGGAAGAUGCCUUUGUCGUAGAUGAGGAUGGGUCUUUCAGCCUGCGGUAUCGAAGGCUUAUGGCGAAGGAGGUCGUCAGAGCCAUGGAUGCAGAUCAACCUUUAACACUAGGUUUUCUAUGCGACUCAUAUGGAGAGGCUACGACAGCCCGCGCGAUAUUUAUUCGCAAUCAAAAUCUCGAUGAUUCAGAAGAGCUGUUUAGUCAACAAGAGGAUGAUCUCGCACAUGUCUUCACGUCGCUCUGGUCGGAAGGCCAGCCCGAUGAAGAAUACCUGGCAAAUGACCUAGACCAUCACGUGUUCCUUGGAGUUCGUCUAUCAAAUGAUGGACACAACGGACCAUUGCGUUUAUACACAAAAGAGUGGGUUCUUGGUUUAUGCUUCUUUGCCGGUGCUCCGACUUACGAGGUUAUAUUCCCGUGGCCCAGACCAUUAUCGCGGUAG